UCUUGUUGAGGGGCCUUUUUUUCUUGGUUCUUUGCAACUGAGAUUGAAAAGCGUUCAGGCUUGGGAGCCCCAUUGGCCUUGUGUGCACUUAGAUCUUUGUCCACUAGAUGACGAAUGAUGGUUGCCUCUGAAGAGUGUCAGCCGUGCUCCGGUCCCAGCGAGCAAACAGAGCCACAAGGACCUCAGCCCCAAAGGUGCAUUCCCUCUGGCCCUCAAAGAUUAACAUAAAUAACACAAAAAGCAGGCAAGGGAGAGAUGAAGUAGGUGGAACACCGGCAAGUCAAGCUCGUCGAAGGGAUGGCGUCCCCUCCAUUGCCAUCAGCAUCAGACGCCAAUGCAUAUCAUUCUCUUCUCCCUGCAUGGGUUUCUCAAGCUCUCGGCUUGCUCGCCGCGCUGUGCUCUUCUUUGGAGACGUCGCCGGGCUUUUCCUGGCAGCAAGUUUUGGUGAUAUGGGCGCAGAUAAGAGCUGGUGCGGUGGCGCCGGUGCUGAAGCUCGCCGAGGCGCUGUGCUUGAUCAUGUCGGCGAUGCUGAUCACGGAGAAGUUGUCGAUGGGCGCCGCCAGCCUCUUCGCCAAAGUCUUCCGGUGGCGGCCGGAGAGGCGGUACAAGUGGGUGCCCAUGGGUCGGGACGACUUGGAGGUGGGCAGCGUGGCCUAUCCCAUGGUGCUUGUUCAAAUUCCCAUGUACAAUGAGAGGCAGGUGUACAAGCUCUCCAUUGGAGCAGUCUGCAGCCUCUCGUGGCCAUCCGAUCGAAUCAUAGUCCAGGUGCUCGAUGAUUCAACCGACUCCGAGAUCAAGGACUUGGUGGAGCAAGAGUGCAAGAAAUGGGAAAGCAAAGGAAUUAACAUUAAAUAUGAGAUAAGGGACAAUAGACAUGGAUAUAAAGCAGGUGCUCUAAAGGAAGGGUUGACGCGCAGCUACGUACAUCAUUGUGAUUAUGUUGUAAUUUUUGACGCAGAUUUUCAACCUGAAGCUGAUUUUUUGUUGCAAACUAUUCCUUUUCUCAUUCACAAUCCACAAGUAGCUUUGGUACAAGUUCGAUGGAAAUUUGUGAAUGCCAAUGAAUGUAUGAUGACAAGGAUACAAGAGAUGUCAAUGGAUUACCAUUUUAAAGUUGAACAAGAAUCUGGUUCAACCAUGUACUCCUUCUUUGGUUUCAACGGAACUGCUGGUGUUUGGAGAAUAUCAGCUCUUGAAGAAGCUGGAGGAUGGAAAGAUCGAACAACAGUGGAGGAUAUGGACUUAGCAGUUCGAGCAACUCUUUGUGGUUGGAAAUUCAUUUUUGCAGGCAACAUCAAGGUUAAAAGUGAAUUGCCUAGUACAUUCAAGGCUUAUCGUAAUCAACAAUAUCGAUGGGCUUGUGGUCCAUCUAAUUUAUUUAGAAAGACUGCAGGAGAGAUACGAAGGACAAAGAAAAUAUCACUAUGGAGGAAAUAUUUGAUGUAUAGCUUUUUUAUUGUUCGAAGGAUUAUAUCCCAUAUUGUUACCUUCACAUUUUACUGUGUGGUCAUACCAACAUCAGUUUUUAUUCCGGAGGUCAAAAUAUCAUCGUGGGGAGUGGUUUACAUCCCCACAACAAUUACUCUUCUGAACUCAGUCGGAACUCCAAGCUCAUUCCAUCUAUUACCCUUCUGGAUCUUCUUUGAGAAUGUUAUGUCCAUGCAUCGAACGAAAGCUGUUCUGACUGGUCUACUGGACAUAGGAAAAGUAAAUGAAUGGGUUGUGACUCAGAAACUAGGAAAUGCUGUAAAGGCAAGUAACGGCAAAGAACUUGGCCAAAAAUCUGGAACGACGACAUCCAAAAGGAUUCUUCUCCCAGAGCUUGGAAUGGCAGUAUACCUUUUCAUAUGUGCAUGCUAUGACUUUGCCUAUGGGAAGGACAACUACUUCUUUUACAUCUAUCCACAAUCCAUCACAUUCUUCAUUGUGAGUAUCGGUUAUGUUGGGACUUUUAUGCCCAGCUAACAAACAAUGAAAUAAAAUGUUCAUCACAACAAUUGUCCAACUGUUACCGUUUUUGCCUUUUGUUUUCAGCAAGCAACUUUUAAUACUUUUUCCUGAGAAAAUGAAUGUAUAAUACCACCAUUUGAACCUCUGCUGAAUCUUAACCAUGAAGAAAACGAAUUCUUUUCACAUCUAAUUCUUAAU